AUGUCCACACUGAUGGAUCAGACAGAUCUUGCUCUCCAUUCAUCGAAUCCUCACUUUGAUGUCAACUCGAACCAAAAUCGGGUCCCUACGGAGACAGAAGCACGAGGACUCCGUUCGCUCCGAGAGACGCAACAACGUAUCGUCAAUUUCCUGGAAUCCGAGGUCACCAAACUCUCCGCUACCUGUACUUCAAUCUCCGAGAGGAACGCACGCCUGCUUCUCGAAGUUGAGGCAGGGAAAUCCGAGCUCCAUCAUACUCACCAGCUCUUAAAGAGCUUGGAGACUCAGCGUACAAGUAGACUGGAGGAUAUUGCGCGAAUUGAUGCUCUAUUUCAUCCAGUUCGACGUAUGCCUCCGGAGCUUCUCCAGCUCAUCUUUAAAGAAUGCGUUUACAGCAGCUCUGUUCCAUUUUACCAGGCCAUUCUUCUUGCUCUGGUAUGCCGGAGAUGGAGAGCGGUCGCCCUCGACACCCCAGUUCUUUGGGCUCGUAUUUCCAUCCGGCUCAAGCCCAACACCGUGUCGAGGUGGACCGAUGUAGGACGUGUUCUUGGCCCGCGACUUAAAUCGGCGCCAGCAAUAAUCCGCAUUCAUCUUCGCAAGGAUACGGUUGCCGCAGAUUUUGAGAAACUACACCUGCGACAUAUUCCCGUAAUCAAGGAACUAACACUUAGACUAGAUGAUGACGGCUCGUUAGCACGAUAUAUCCCGUCUGCUGUGCCCCUUCCGCAAGUGCGUUCAGCAGUGCUCGAAUUGCCGUCCACUAGUCAGCUACAAUUAGCGAUGAACAGGGUACAUCGUUGGUUCCCGAAUGUGGAAAUCCUGGAGACGGUCUGCCUCCAAGAAUUUCAAUACCAUGCUCACACCACAUAUCCAAACAUUCGGCAGCUGCGCUUCGCUUUCAGUGAUUCUAUCGACCUUUUCGACAUCUCUCAAUCGUUCCCUCACCUCAAGCAGCUUGUCUUGGCGUCGGUGCAAAUCUUCGAAGUCCCCAUCGCUCUCGACCUGACGUUCUUGGAGCACCUUCAAAUUAGCGGUUCGACGACAGGUAUCGACCUAUGGAUCGACAGGAUUAAAUGCCAAUCUCUCAAGACACUUAUCGUCCUUCAACAACCAGAAGAUGCUGUUCUGGACUUUGUCACCCGGCACAGGAGCGUGGAGACCUUGGAAGUCGAUGGAACCCCGGGAUUCCUGACGCAACUACAUCACUUCCUUCCGAAUCUCAAGGGAUUAUAUCUAAAUGGAGCGUAUGACGAGCUCUUCGCUCGCCCGGGGGAUACUGAGCCGUUGUUCAGGUCACUCGAGGUCCUUGUAGUCGAGGGAGAGGACUUGACACAUGCAGAGUUUGAGAGCAUUGUCCGCGCUCGAGCACUCCCUCGUGAUCACCCGUUGAGUCUGUUGCCGACUCAGUGCGUGCCACUGGCGUUCAAGGUGUGCAUACUACCCAGUAUGUUGAAAGUCAUGUUGGAUAAGCCCCAUGCCUGGCCUUCCAGCGAGCUUUAUCGCACUUCUCGCCGCCAAAUUGAGGACAUAGAGCGCUGGACCGGCUACGUCGAGGUUUCAUUCACUUGGGAGUAA